AUGCCGGCAUACCACUCCAUCUUCCUAGGUGACCAGGGGGUCCAGUUAAUAGGCAACUUCCCUCUUCUCCCCUUACGCACAAAAACCCGCGGGCCAGCAUAUACCCUCCCUCAGCUCCCGCCAGGAACGGACCCGCUGGAUGUCGACCCCGACUCGGAAUCGUACGACUGCCUCGAUGAAGUGCUGCAACUGUUCCGCGCAAACACAUUCUUCCGCAACUUUGAAAUCAAAGGCCCCGCGGACCGUAUGCUGAUCUACGGGAUCCUGUUUGUGUCGGACUGCCUGACGAAGGUGAAGCCGCACAUGGAUUCGAAGAGCGCCGAGAAGGUUCUCAUCAAUGGAGCCCUCGAGCAGUUCAGCAUCCCUGGCGAGCCGGGGUUCCCCCUAAACCAAGCGUUCGAGGCGCCGAGAGAUAGGACCGAAGCGGAAGCACUGAGGAGUUAUCUGUCGCAGGUGCGGCAGGAGCUGGCUAUUAGGCUGCAUGGGAGGAUGUAUUCAGGCGGGGUUGGACCCAGUAAAUGGUGGCUGAGCUUUUCCAAGAGGAAAUUCAUGGGGAAGAGCUUAUAG